CGAAAAAUGUGACCAGCUAUCACAAUUUUCCUUGACCCCAGGCAAUACCAUAUAUCACAGCUGACAUGUUUUAUCUGAAAUACGUUCCAGCUUUGAAGGCCUCAAAGAUCAGAACAUGUUUUUCUUCAUUCAAGGCCAGAUAGAUUCUUGUAAAACCAUGCAUGCCAAAGGUCUGAUAGGAAGUAUAAAAACCCCCAAAUGUGGUAUUGGUAGGUAGCCUGAAGUACCUGAACACACUUGAAUAUUGUGUAUUCUAAUUUGAUCACCCCAAGAAACACCAUGAACAUUAAGUGGUUUGCUUCUUUAGCUUUAUUAAGCCUCCUCGAGACUUCCAAGACUGAGAGUCAAGAUGUACGAGUGAAACUCUGUGGUCGUGAGUUCAUUCGGAUGGUGGUCACAUCAUGUGGGAGCUCCCGACUCAAACGGAAUGUGCUUGAUUCAGACCUUCACUUUGCAAACCACCAUAGCAACCUACAAAACUGGCUGGACAGAGAUCUCUUUGCACACCAGAAAGGGACCCUGACUGCUGAGGACGAGCAGUCCCCUGAGAGCGUGACAGAGCAUCCAGCCCCCGACCAGCACACAAGCCCACCAGCAGAGCUUCCGGAACACUCCACCACUGUGCAGGAUCGCAGCAUGUCCACCAGGACCCGUCGAGAUAUCGGGCCAGCGGGCGUCUGCUGUACUUCUGGAUGUACCUUGAGUGAACUGAUUCAGUACUGCUAAGCUCACACCAGAUCCCCUAGAACAGAUUUA